AGGGCCGCCGGGCGCGCCCGCAGCGCAGGAGGAUGGGCUGUGGCGGGAGCCGGGCCGAUGCCAUCGAGCCCCGCUACUACGAGAGCUGGACCCGGGAGACCGAGUCCACCUGGCUCACCUACACCGACUCGGACGCGCCGCCCAGCGCCGCGGCCACCGACAGCGGCCCCGAGGCGGGCGGCCUGCACGCGGGUGCGCUGGAAGAUGGACUGUCCUCCAAUGGUGUGCCCCGAUCUACAGCCCCAGGUGGACCCUCCAACCCAGACAAGAAGAUGAGCAGUGGGACCCAGUGCCCGAAUCCCCAGAGCCUCAACUCAGGCCCUCUGACCCAGAAACAGAAUGGCCUCCGGACUACGGAGGCUAAAAGAGACGCUAAGCGAAUGUCUGCAAAAGAAGUCACCAUUAACGUUCCAGACAGCAUCCGACAGGUGGACAGAAACCGAAGAAUGGCGAAGAACUGCGUUAACUAGCAGGGCAGACGGACUUCUCUGUGCCCUCCACGUGUUGGACCCCACCAAGGAGACUCGAAGAAGUGGGUGGCCCUUGCUGGAUGUGAAGAACACUGCUGCCUUGAGAGACUGUACUUGGCAGCCCAGUGGCUGCCUGGGCUUUGGGGACGUUCCCAGCCUCCCACUUACUGCAUAGCUGUAUCGGCACAGGACUUGCAUAGGGUACCAAGCUGCAAACGUGCAGUUUGCCUCUUUGCAGCUCCUGCAGUGUGGUUUGCUGUAAAAGUGGUGAGUGAAGCCACAGGGGGGCGGCUGAAACAAAGUAGGAAUAGGUUCCCUGGUGAGAGAUGCUCCCGUGGUUUCUAAGCGCUUCUGCCCAGGGUCAUGUGCACUGUUUCGGGUCAGCUUAUUCUUCCGUUCUUUCUUCCUUUCUGAAUACUGCCAUCAGAGUACUGAAUACUGCGUUCACUUAAGAGUUGUCUUUCACUUGACUACAAAUCCAAAUAUAGGAGAAAUCGAGACACAGGAAGACUCCCAGAUCUUCUUGUUUCCUUAGCUCAGUAGGAGACAGAUGCAGAUCCCGUAUCACACCAGCUAACCCCCCCCAACACCCGCAGUGUGUUUUGGGAGCUCUCUUCACGAGGCAGUCGCACUCAUUCCUCAUCAGCCUUCCAUGCCCCCCAUCCCAGUGUCCACAUCAGCCUCCAUACCGCAGUAUCGCUGUCACCAUGGUCGACGCAUCCAACCUAGGACGCCCCAAGGGCUCAGCCACACACUGCAUGUGCGGAGUUUUCCAGGUCACUCUGUGCUCUUCCGGGUUUCUUCUCUCCCGGUGUGUCAUUUGCAACUGUUGAUCAAAGCGCGGACACAGCUCACAAGAAGAAGAUGACCCAGAACCCAGCAGCAGCACUCACGGCUUCACUCUGGCCUCUCAGACACGGCAUCAGGACGUGCCACCUGCUGUCUGCAAAGGAGUCGCCUUAGAAAGCCCAGCCCUGGUUGCUGUACCUUCGCGUUGCCAUGAGACUGAUGCACGCCAUGUUAAUCAGAGGCGGGAAAAAAAUAUCUUGAUAGAUUAAAGUUAUCUAACAUUUCUUUAAACAUGUUAAGGUGGAACUAUCUUCCUCCAGAUUAACGGAACAUGAUUUUUAAAGGACUGUUAACACACCUGGAUUGGGAAAAGUAGGACUAAAGGUGUAUCAGACGAUACCAAUAAACUCCCUGUUGAGCAGAAAGAGGUAGCCUGAUGGUGUGUGUUUAUAUAAUAUGGCCCAGAGAAUUGACAUGCCUAGAUUAAAAUUUAGAAACUCGGCCUCAUUUCUUGCCAAUUUGGUUAUAACUCAAACACGAGCACAUGGUACCCCUCCCUCCCUCCCCCCUUCCUUCCUUCCGUAGACUGUGCAUUUAUUCAUUUAACAUUAAAUACCAAACCUGCACCAGGCACCUUGCUGAUGCUGAGAUUUGCAGUCUGGCUGGUCACGCUGGUACAUCCUGAAUCUAACAGCGGACUUAAUAACUAGGGUGUGACCUUCAACCCUAAGGUAUAAUUGUGAAUCGUUGCACAGUGGAACUCACUUUUACAUUCAGAAUAGGUUUCACUCUUAAACCCUGGAUCUGGGUGUUCUCCUGAUCACUGCACAAGCCUUUACCCUAUGCAAAACUAGUUUUUCCCCAAACCUCUGCCAUUUUGUGGUUCUUUGAGAAAGGGCUUUUAGGGAACUUCAUGUUCUGAAAAUGAAAAAAUAAUGAUAAAAUAAAAGCAAAACCUGUGAAUCCUGUGGCCCCACUGGCCUCACUCCGCAGGAGCCCCCAACUGCCCAAGGUUGGAAUUGAUCCUGCAAGUUCAAGGGCUCAUUCUCGCAGGGCAUGCGUGUUGUUUUUGUGUGGGGUGUUCCUGCCCCCGUCAUGUGCUGUCAGUCAUGGACGACACCAUUUUCUCUUCACAUCCUUGUUUUUGCAUCACUGAACUGCGGCAAGUCGCUUGGAAUUUAACUCGAGAGGGUGUCUCUGUUUCAUAUAGGAAUAAGGUCUCACUCCUGGGGGAGAAGGGAAUGAAGGGCAGGUAGAAGCUGCCCCUCCCUGGAACAAUCUGGAUCUCACAAAGAUAGUGACCAGAAGUUCAACCACGCUGCUGCAAGUUCACCAGGCAACUUUUUCAUGUGUGUAUGAUACAAGAACUGAUUCUCACGAUCCUAUUAACCUCACACUUUCUAUUGCCAAGUUUGUGUCAAUAAAGUCAUCAAUUUCAAACA